CAACCUGACUAGAUCCUGAAUAAAUCGUGAUCUGACUGUAAUCCUGCGAAUAGGAGAUCUAUAUCAGAUCAAGAAGAGAAAGAAACACUCCUUUAAAUUUCAUUUGUAGUCAGAACGAAUCAUUUUCUUUCAAAUGACAAAAAGUUACAAUAAUUCUAUAAAACGCAAGUUGAUUAUCAAAAGUUAAUCGGAAUGUGGUCAAAAUCAAUAUUCAAUAAGAAAAAUAUGAAAAAUUCAUCUCAAUCAAUCAAUCAAUCAAGAAAACUCAUCUUGGCACCAUUUGUAUGUGGCAAAAGAUUGCAUGGCAGACAUCCCUUCGAAACAAUGUGAUUCAAAGAUUCGUUUUCAAUGAGUCUGCGAUCUGCGAUUUCGCGUGAUAGGCGAAGAUCUUUGAUCUCGUUACGCAAAUUCGUUGAUGAAGCAGCGAAUCGACAUCUGGCGAUGAAGGGGCAAUGUUCGUGGUGCACUUUUAGCGAAGUAAAAGUAGUCGAUGUAGUCGAAGUAGUCGAUUAGAGACGAUAGAAUUUUGACAAGUAUCAUUUCAGUAAAAAAGGAGAAAUAGCGAAACGAGCUUGAUCAAAUCGGUGUUCAGAAUUAGACAUGCACAUUUCAGGCUGAUUUAUGACGCAACAUCUACUUCAUCUCUUCUACCACUCCUCAUCGCCGCUUGAUUUGCCGGCUGCCGAUCGCGUGUAUAAUCCACAUUAUCUUCUCGUUCAUCGUUGCUGCUACAUCUCGUUACAGUUGGUACGCUUAAAAUUUCUAAACUUUAACUCAAGAUUUAAAUAAUAAAAUGUCCAUUAUGUACAAUAAGGUCACUCACUGUAUCUUUGAUAUGGACGGUUUGUUACUCAAUACAGAACAUCUGUAUACCAAAGCAUUCAAUCGUAUCACCAAUCGUUAUAGCAAAGAAUUCACUUGGGAACACAAGGCACAUAUGAUGGGUUUGAAGACUAAAGACACUGCCGACUACAUAAUUAAAUUGUUGGAAUUACCGUUAACAGCGGACGAAUUUAAGCAAGAGAUUAUUGGGAUCUAUCAGGAGUUGUUUCCACAAACCAAUCCUAUGCCAGGCGCCGUUCGAUUAUUGAAACAUCUGAAAGAAAACAACAUUCCGAUUGCAUUAGCUACGAGUUCGGAUCGAGAAAACUACGAACUGAAAACUACACAUUGGCGCGAGCUUUUUGAGCUUUUCCAUCACAAGGUGAUCGGUGGCUCGGAUUCCGAAGUCACGCAUGGAAAACCGGAACCUGAUAUAUUUCUCACAGCCGCUAGGCGUUUUCCUGACAAUCCAGAUCCUUCGAAGUGCCUGGUUUUCGAAGAUGCACCAAAUGGCGUGAAAGCAGCUCUUAAUGCCGGAAUGCAGGUUGUUAUGGUGCCAGACCCAAUGCUUCCCAAACAUUAUACAAACGAAGCAACCUUGGUUUUGGACAGUCUCGAAAAAUUUCAACCAGAAAAAUUUGGAUUGCCACCAUAUGUGACGUAGUACAUCCUUUUUUUUCUUAUCGGAUAUCUUAUGGACUCGUGGAUGAGAAAAGUUCGCACAGGAUCAUCACGUAUAAGAAUAAAGAUAAUCUAAUUUGUUUUCCCU